GCCGCUGAGGGUUGGGGCUUUUUUUUUUUUUCCUUCGCCUCCUCGCUGCCGCUGUUGACUGAUGUUCUGAGGGGAGAAGCGGCGGCGGCUGGUCCUUCUUCUUCCCGCUUUCCUCUCUCGCCCCGCUUCCCCAUCCUUCCCGGGCCGGCCCCGGAGUUGCGGGGCGGGGGGUGGGUCGGGGGUCGGGGGGGAGAGCGAGCUUCCUUCGCCAUGACCACCAGCACCACCGGCUCCACGCUGCUGCAGCCGCUCAGCAACGCCGUUCGGCUGCCCAUAGACCAGGUCAACUUUGUAGUGUGCCAGCUCUUUGCUUUGCUUGCUGCUAUCUGGUUUCGAACUUACCUUCAUUCAAGCAAAACUAGUCCAUUUAUAAGGCAUGUUGUUGCCACCCUUUUGGGCCUUUAUCUUGCACUUUUUUGUUUUGGAUGGUAUGCCUUACAUUUUGUUAUACAAAGUGGAAUUUCCUACUAUAUCAUGAUCAUUAUAGGAGUGGAAAAUAUGCACAAAUAUUGUUUUGUUUUUGCUUUGGGAUACCUCACUGUGUGCCAAAUUUCUAGAGUCUAUAUCUUUGAUUACGGACAAUAUUCUGCUGAUUUUUCUGGCCCAAUGAUGAUAAUUACACAGAAAAUCACAAGCUUGGCGUAUGAAAUUCAUGAUGGAAUGUUUCGAAAAGAGGAAGAACUGACACAAUCACAGCGAUGCUUAGCUGUGAGGCGCAUGCCAAGUCUGCUGGAGUAUUUAAGUUACAACUGUAAUUUCAUGGGUAUCCUGGCAGGCCCAUUAUGCUCUUAUAAAGACUAUAUUACUUUCAUUGAAGGCAGAUCAUACCAACUGACACAGUCUGAAGCAAAUGGGAAAGAAGAGAUAAAAUAUGAACAAACAGAUCCCUCUCCAAAUACAGCUGUGGCGCAGAAACUCAUAGUGUGCGGACUAUCCUUGUUGUUUCAUAUGACUGUUAGCAAAACUUUGCCUGUAGAGUACAACAUCGAUGAACAUUUCCAAGCAACAGCUUCGCUGCCUACAAGGGUUAUCUACUUGUACCUGUCUCUUAUGGCUGCCAGACCUAAAUACUACUUUGCGUGGACGUUGGCAGAUGCAAUUAAUAAUGCAGCUGGGUUUGGAUUUAGAGGAUAUGACAAAAAUGGGCUCUCGCACUGGGAUUCAAUUUCAAAUCUAAGAAUUCUUCACAUAGAGUUCUCAACAAGUUUCAAGAUGUUUCUUGAUAACUGGAAUAUCCAGACAGCUCUUUGGCUGAAAAGAGUAUGUUAUGAACGGGCCUCCUUCAGUCCAACAAUACAAACCUUUAUCUUGUCAGCCAUUUGGCAUGGGGUAUAUCCAGGAUAUUAUUUAACAUUCUUAACAGGAGUACUAAUGACAAUGGCAGCACGAACUAUUAGAAAGAACAUUAGGCACUACUUCAUUGACUCCCCAGCCAUUAAAUUAUGUUAUGAUAUCAUGACAUGGAUGAUGACUCAAGUAGCAAUAAGUUACACGGUGGUCCCAUUUGUACUUCUCUCCGUAAAACCAUCGUACCUGUUUUACAGUUCCUGUUACUUCUGCCUCCACAUAGCCUGCAUUUUAGUACUGUUGAUAUCUCCGUUGAAAAGAACUCAAAAAGGAAAUAAAGAGCAAGAAAGCAUCCAGCCCUCUUGGUCCAAAAAGCAGGGUCAACCAGGAGGAGGAAGAGAGGAGGAAGAAGAAAAAGGCGUCAUGGGACAUAACAGUUACUCCACGGCAAAUAGUUUCAAUCAGAAAAGAGAAAUCACCUGCAGAAAUACAACACUGAAGCAAUGAUUAGGAGAUGCUAUGAUGGAUAUAUUUUAUAUUUCGAAACCCGUUUAUAGCACCUUUUAAAAGGGGUUGUUGUAUUUGUCUGGAAAAGAUGGGUUAGUAAGGAAAGAAUGCUAUAUAUCCCUAGGGAAUAUUGAAUACACUAGUAAGAAUGGAAACAAAGCAAAUUAACCUCUCCCGUGCCAUGUUCCUGUGGAUCAUGCCUUAUGUGAAAAUAUUACCAUUAUUUCAAUGGGCACUCAGGACUUGCAGCAUAUGUCCAUUGGGUCAUAGGUGUGCCCCUUUGCUGAAUGUAUGUUGCGCAUCUCAAGGCACUUACGGGGAUGGUGGGUCAUUGUGUCAAUUCAGAGUAACAGAAGGAAAAUAUCUUUAACAAGCAAAUGCCUUGCCUUAAACCCUCUAUCUACUGAAAUAAUGUUUCUAAGUGGUAUUUUCAUAAUAUGUGGGAAGCAUAGUUCAAAUAUGGGGUUUUUUUUGGGGGGAAACAGAGAAAUGGAAGUAGGAAGUCAAUUAUAGCAUCUGAUAAGAAGGAAUUGCAAUAAGCAUCUCAGUAUUUGGAGGGUUUUCUUAGUAUAUCAAAUUCAUGCAGUUCAGGACUGCAAACAAUUGCCAAUGCAGAAGUGGUUCAUUUGAUCAACACUCAUUAUAAGAACUCUUGGCAAAUUUCUUUUUUAAAAUCAAAAUUCACCCUUUUCAGGGUGAAAUGCUCUAGUUUUAUGGGUUCUUUUCUUUUUUGCUCUAUCAGUAUAUAUGAGUUUUGCAACUAGAUACAAAAUGGCAGCCAUAAUAAGACACUCACAGAGUUUCUGUUAAAGCCACAACUUUCCAGUAAAACUCAUCCUUUUUUGUCAUGUAAAAAUAAGAGUGACCUUAAGAUAAAGUCACUUGGAAAUUUUUGUCAGAGAUGUAAAAAAAAAUUUAAAAAAUAGUGUGAGAAAGUGCUUAUGAUAUAAGUAUAGCCAGAUUAUAUUAUGGUUAUAAUUCAGUUUAUAUUAAACAAAGAGUGAAAUUGUUAAAUAGGUAUUGUCUAGCUCAUCUUUGACAUUAUAUAUCCUGUAACACUGGAGAACCUGUGAUUUAGGAAAUCCCUAAACCAGGAUUUCAUUCAUGGAGGGUCAUACUGUACUUUUUGAUAAAAUAUUCCCAACUGUUCUGUUCUCUAACAAUUUUAUUUUGAAACUAUAUCAAAGGAGUUGAUACAUAUUAAUCACUUUCUGGUGAACAUUAACAACUGCUAAAGAAUUGAAGUACUAAAGGGCUAUAAUUUUUAUUUUUCUUCUUUGCAUACCAUUUUCUUCGUCUUUAGUAAACGGGAACCAUUUUAACAUUUAAAAUGUAAAGGAAGUGCCACAGCAAAAGUAAUGAAAAUCAGGACUGAAUUGUUUCUAAAACAAUUUUAUUUCCAAUAAUAUUGUAUCUCAGUAAUAGGAACCUGUGGCCCUUCAGAUCUUGUCGGACUACAACUCCCAUCAGCCAUUUGCUAUGCUGGCUGGGACAGAUGAUAUAUGCGGUCAGAUGUUGUUGGACUCCCAAGUUCCUCAUCCCUCCCCUAAUACAGUAUAUAGCAGCUGACUGAAUAUUUUAAGUGAGCAGAGAAAGGUAAAAUUAGCUCUUUGCUGUUAGGGAUGUAGAAAACAAAUGCAUUUUCCACAUGUAGAAAUCUCAAAGCAUCGUAAUCCGCACAGAUUCAUGUUAGAAUCAAGAGUAAGAAAUAGGAUAUAUUUCUUGUUUAGAGUGUUCCACUUCUUUUCAUGGUCUGCCUCCUUGAUAUCCCGGGAUAGUUAGAGACAGUUGCAUUCUGUCUAAGGAAACUGCAAACUAACGCAUGUUGUUGAUCUCAUUGUUAGAACGGAAACGCAGAAUGGAAUAU